GGAAUACAGGAGGAAAGCUAAACCCUCGGAGAGCUGGAAGCGCCGCUUCCACGAGGAUGACAGCCUUGCGCAGCUUUGGCUUGACGUUUCUGUUAAUGGUUUUGCAGCAGGGGGUGGCCGGCUCCGGCGUCUUCCAGCUGGAGCUGCACGAGUUCGUCAACAGCCACGGGUCGCUGGCCAGCGGCAAGCCCUGCGCCCCGCACUGCAGGACCUUCUUUCGCGUGUGCCUCAAGCACUUCCAGGCGGUGGUCUCCCCGGGGCCCUGCACUUUCGGCAGCAUCAUCACCCCGGUUCUGGGGACGAACUCCUUCAGCGUCAAGGACACGGAGAAAUUUGACAGCCCCAUCAAGCUGCCCUUUAACUUCACGUGGCCGGGAACCUUCUCGCUCAUCAUCCAGGCCUGGCACGCUCCCGCCAACUACCUGCCGCAAGGCUCCCAGACGCUGCCCGAGGACUUGCUCAUCAGCCAGAUGGCAAUCCAGCGGUCGCUGGCGGUGGGUGAGGACUGGUCGCAGGACGUGCAGAAGGGCCCGCUCACCCAGCUGCGCUACUCCUACCGGGUGGUCUGCAGCGAGAACUACUACGGGGACAGCUGCUCCCGCCUCUGCAAGCGCCGCGAUGACCGCUUUGGCCACUACGUCUGCGAGGCGGACGGCAGCCUGGCCUGCCUGCCCGGCUGGACUGGAGAGUACUGCACCGAGCCCAUCUGUCUGUCUGGAUGUACUGAACAGAAUGGAUAUUGCAACAAGCCAGGAGAGUGCAUCUGUCGUCCUGGCUGGCAAGGCCGCUACUGCGAUGAAUGCAUUCCCCACAUAGGCUGCCGCCACGGGACUUGUAAAACACAGUGGCAGUGCAUUUGUGAUGAAGGAUGGGGUGGCCUCUUCUGUGAUCAAGAUCUGAACUACUGUACUCACCACAGACCAUGCAAAAACGGAGCAACUUGCAUGAACACCGGCCAGGGCAGCUAUACGUGUUCAUGCAAACCUGGCUUUACCGGUGUUGACUGCGAACAUGAGAUCAGCGAGUGUGACAGCAAUCCCUGUAGGAACGGUGGUAGUUGCACGGAUCUGGAGAAUGGUUAUCACUGCCUCUGCCCCCCUGGCUACUAUGGAACUCACUGUGAGCACAGUGCUUUGACGUGUAUCGAUUCUCCAUGCUUUAAUGGUGGCACAUGCUUGGAAAAAGAACAAGGGGCCAGCUACACUUGUGUUUGCCCUUUCGGAUUCACGGGGUCGAACUGCGAAAAAAAAGUAGACAGGUGCACAAGCAACCCAUGUGCAAAUGAUGGUAAUUGCUUUUACCUUGGUCAGAUUCGUGUGUGUCGUUGUCGGGCUGGUUUCUCUGGUCAGAAAUGUGAGAUAAACAUCAAUGACUGUGCCAGGAACCCAUGUUCCAAUGGGGGAACUUGUCACGACCUGAUCAACGAUUACACCUGCACAUGUUUGCCAGGCUAUAGUGGCAGGAACUGUGACAUCAAAACCAGAGACGAAUGUGCUUCUGGGCCAUGUGAGAAUGGAGGCACAUGCUACAGUGGACUUUAUAGUGCCAACUUUGUCUGCUACUGUCCUUCUGGCUUCAUGGGCAGCCGCUGUGAAUUACCAGUUUAUUCAGUGCCCAUUACACUUCCUCCUAAACCAGUCCCCUGGAUUGCCAUAUCCAUGGGAGUGGGGCUGGUGGCUUUGCUCAUACUGUUCUGCAUGAUAGCAAUGGUCAUCAGGCAGAUGAGGAUGCACCCAGAGCAGGACUUGGAGACGAUGAACAACCUGUCUGACUUUCAGAAGGAUAACCUCAUUCCAGCUUCCCAGCUCAAAAACACCAACAAAAAUAAAGACCUCGAAGUGGACUGUGGGCUGGAGAAGUCAAACUACAAACCCAAGAAUCAUAAAUUGGACUACAAUCUGGUAAAAGACCUGACAAGUAGAGGGACACAGGAAGAUAAAUAUUACAAAAGUGAAAAGUGUUUAGGAGACAAGUCUCCACUCCGACUACACGGGUAUAAGACUGAAGAUCAGCCCAUUUGCACCUCAGAUUUGGUAAUGCCAGUAGAUGGACGUUCCUGCUGCAUUGUUUACAAUUCAGAACUGGAUUGGACUGUUUUUAAUUACAUGCAACUUGCUGCUCUCAGGCGGAGGAUGGAACUGGGUGAACUGGACAGACUGUGA